AGAAAGAAUAGAAAGCUUUCAAGCCCGGAGGCUUCUUCACCUAAAACUGUAGAUUCCGAUUCCCCUCUGAUUUCCGGAAUCUGAUUCUUCCAUUUCUUAGAGAGGGAGAGUAUUCUCUUUACUGAUUAAUCUUCAAGAUCACAGUUCUUUUGCAAUACAAAAGCAAUCUCGGAGUUUUUCGCGGAAAUUCUGAAAUCGGAAAUAAAAUUGUGAAUAAGAAUGUGGUGGUUAAUCUUGUUCGGUCUCGGGAUUGCGGUUGGGGCAGUGGCGAUUUUGGGAGCGGAAGCAUUUCUCUUGUUCGUCGUCGUCAAGCGAUUGAGCCGCAAAACCGAGCAAUCAGAUCGCAAAAUCGAACAUCUUGACCACAAUCAAUCUCUUGAUUACUCCCACAACAAGCAGGGAGUAGUUUGGGUUCUAGAAUCGAAUAAAGUUCCAAAAGAUUGGCUGGACAAAGCACCAAAAGAGCAAAAACGGAAAAAGGAAUUCUUUGAGGUUUCUCCUGUAAGAAAACAUGCAAGAAUCAAGGACCAGUCCCUUAUUUUGACGGAUUCAAAUGGCUCCAAGACGACUAUGAAGCUGAAAGGCUGCAGUAUUGAAGCUGUUUCCGCAUCAAUGCUAUCUUCAAGAAAAUGGGCCAAAAGAUUCCCCAUCAAAUUGGAGAACAAGGUAUCUGCAAUUUACAAGGACAGCAAAACCGUUUACAUUUACCUUGAAACUUCUUGGGAAAAAGAAUCAUGGUGUAAAGCUCUUCGUUUGGCAUCAUGUGAUGAUAAAAGUAGGCUUGACUGGUUUUUGAACCUGCAAAAAGAAUUCAGCAGUUACUUGACAGCCUUAAAUGCUAGAUAUCCUACAUUCAUGAAACCAUCAGCAGGGUUCCAUGCUUCUGAGCUAGUAGAUAGGGCACAGAAGGUUGAUGGCCCAUCAUCAAAGGUUCGCACGUUAUGGAAGAAGUUUGCAAAGAAGGCUUCUAAAGGUGGUGCAGAAAACAAGUUAUCGUGGAUUCCGUCUUUGGCCCAUGUGGAGAGGACAAUAAGUGAGAAAUUUAAUCCAUACCAGGAUUCAGCUCAGGGUACUAGCUUCUUGAAGAAUUCUCUACCAAUUGAUGUUGUUAAGCAUUCCACAGAAGAUAAUUUGGUUACAUCAUCUUUGCCGACAUUAAUUCAUUCAACUAGCCAAAGUCAAAUUUCGAGCAUAUCUGCUGCAGACACUGAUGAAAGAUUUGGUAUAGAUGAGGGAACUCUUUGUAAGAAUUUAUUAAUUUCACGGCUCUUUUUUGAUGCCAAAAGGAAUGCAGGAAUGAAAAGAUCUCUCCAAGCACGGAUUCAGAGAACAUUGUCUAAUAUGCGGACCCCCAGUUACAUAGGUGAAGUCAUCUGUACUGACGUUGAUCUUGGGAAUAUUCCACCAUAUAUACAUGGUAUAAGGGUUCUUCCCAUGGACACGAAUGAGGUGUGGGCCUUUGAGGUGGACAUUGAAUAUUCAGGCGGUGCAGUUUUAGGCAUUGAAACAAGACUUGAAGUGCGUGAACUAGAUCCGGAAAAGAGUAUCGUUGGUCCAAAUUCUGAAUCAAAUUCUGUUGGGGAUGUAUCAUCGGAGCUUCUUGAAGGUUUUGAGUAUUUUGGAAAGCAGUUAAAUCUUGCUGAAGGGACAAUUGAGGAACCAGAGCACAAGGAGGAAGGUGAUGCUAAUCAUGAUACGUUAAAAGGGUCUAAAAGUGCUGUAUCUGCAUCAACUUAUCCUUCCAGGUGGAAGGCUAUUGUUAAUUCUAUUGCCAAACAGGUUUCUCAGGUGCCCAUCUCUUUGGCGAUAAGGGUAGCAUCCCUUCGAGGAACAAUACGGUUACACAUAAAACCACCACCUUCUGAUCAGUUAUGGUUUGGGUUCACAUCCAUGCCCGACAUAGAUUUUAACCUGGACUCAGCUGUUGGGGAUCAUAAAAUUACAAAUGGACACAUUGCUUUGGCCCUGGUCAAUCGACUUAAGGGGGCAAUCUUUGAAACGUUAGUGCUUCCAAACUCUGAGAGUGUAUGUAUUCCAUGGAUGUUAGCAGAACAGGAUGAUUGGGUGCCACGGAAGGUUGCUCCUUUCAUUUGGCUUAAUCAAGAAUCUGCUAAUGAUCCUGCGACCUCCUCUGGUCAGGUAAUUAGCAACCCACCCUGUGAAGGAAAACCCAAGACAGAUGUUAAUAGAGGGACCUCUAACGCUAAUUCUCAGAGCAAUAAUCGAAAUUCAAAGAAUGCUGAACGUAUUCAACCCAUUAGUGAAUCUUUAGAUAACUUGCCGCGUUCAGCUAGUUCUGCCUGUCCAUCGGAUAAGACUUUGCAAGAGUUGAGAACCCCAUUGUUGGGAAAUGAUGAACAUGGAACUGAAAAGGACAAGGGUGGGGAGAUCCCAGAGUCUGAAUCAGCUUCUAGGUCUUUGAGUUUUCCCGAUAGACAAAAUCAAGCUAUUGAAGAGGAUGAUUCGAGGCCAAAGAAAAUCGGAACAAGAGCAAGGAUGCUUGAUCUAGGAAAGAAGAUGGGAGAGAAAUUUGAAGAAAAGAGGCGCCAUAUUGAAGAAAAGAGUAAACAAAUUGUUGAGAAAAUGAGAGGAUCAGAAACAGCACGAUAAUAUAGGUAAGAGUUGCUUUUGAAUAGUUGCUCUGGCCUAUUUGUUUUGCGAAUGGUACGUAUAUUUUCAGUUGCCUAAAACCCCAAGGGUACAUAAACGUCAUUUUCCGGUUUGUGCUUUUUAGAAUAGCUAAUUUUCCAAGAUGAUGCAAUGCAGGAAUUUCAUAGAUUUCUUAUACUUUGUACGAGAUAUGUGAAAGACGAGUAUUAGUGCCAAGUCCUAGUUAAUCCUAUCAGGAACAUUUUUCAUAGUGAGAAACAGAUUCUUUGCUGUGUUAUUUUCUCUUGCUUCCAUAAAAAUGCAUCUCUAACUGAA